AUGAAAGGCAAGCAGCCAGCCUGCGCCGAACCUGGACCCGAAACAAGCCUUGACGAACUGGACGUCUACCGCACCGCCCUCCGCCCGCCACCUCGACAGCCACCCGAUCCGAACACCGACCUGCCGACUCUAGGCGAAGAAGCUGGACCCAGCAGCGCUCCACGACCACAACUCGGCGCAGACCCGUCAGCCGCAAUUCCAUCUAAGCACCCUCUGCCCAGACCUCCCCAAAACCCCGAGAUCAUCGAGCUCCGCCUGGGGUUCGACCUGCACUCGCACGAAAUCGCCAUCGGCUUCGACACGGCGCGGCACGCCCGGCUCUACCAGCGGCGCAACCCAGAGGCGCGCAUCCUGCUGGACUCUGCGCCGCGGCAGGUGCUGCUGCCGCUGCACGAGGGCACCGAGACGCUCACGUGCGUGCCGGGAGGGAUGGUGCUCGUAUUCGGCACGCGCGCGAAGGCCGUGCGCUGGACGAGGCGCACUUUGCUGGCGCGCCUCGACGAGCGUUCGGGAGCGGCGGCGAUGCUGCCGCGGACGUGGGUUUCAAAGCAGCUGACUGACAUCAUCGUGCCGGGGGCGUCGGAGGCGAAGAGGCUGGGCGCUCUUGUGGAGGGCGAUGCGGCUCGGGCUGCAUGUGAGCCUGCGCGAGGGCUGGGGAACGAUUGCGAGGACUUGGGGCGGGACCUUAGAGGGGGCAGGGUUUCGCACGAGCAGGCUAAAGGGUCUUGUUUCAUGGGCUUGCGGCAGAGGAUGGACUUGUGGUUUCGGAGAAAGGGACGUUAUACGGCGAAUGCUGCGCGAUGCGGCUGA